UAUAUUUACACUAAGUAAGGCGUGUACUUGAAUGACCAGAAAGAAUUGGAAAAUCGUCAGGAAAAAUGAAUAUGGAUAGACGGAAAGCACUGGUUUCAGUUGCGCCAUGGCUAAUCUUCGCUCUGCUCUAUACUACUUAUGGAAACUUAAAACUAGCUGCAGCAAGUAAUGAUGAUGUGCUCGCUGAAAGAAUGAAGCUUGCCGCAAAAAGCUCGGGCUCCAUAAGCAUCGAUUGUGGAGCAGAUGAAGAUUACGUUGAUGAAAAUGUUGGAUUGCUUUACAAGUCAGAUAGAGAUUUCAUAAGCACUGGAAAAAAUUACGUUGCACAACCAGAUGCCACCCGCCUACAGGCUUUUACAGAACGGCUGUGUAAAAAUUUAAGAAGUUUCCCAACGGGGAAAAAGAACUGCUACAAUCUUCGACCUGAACAAGGAAAAAACCAUAAUUACUACAUCAGAGCUCUCUUUUGUUAUGGAAAUUACGAUGGCAAGAAUCAACCACCAGAGUUUGAUGUGUAUGUAGGGGUUAACUAUUGGGUGACAGUGAAUGGAUUAGCUGGUUGGGCUUGGACAACACGGGAGAUCUUUCAUUUUUCUUCAACUGAUGUCAUUCAUGUCUGCCUUGUAAACAAGGACUUUGGAAUACCUUUUAUUUCAGCAUUGGAGUUGCAUCCUGUGAAUGAUUCCAUUUAUAAAAGUGAAUUUGGAUCAUUAUCUGUUGCUAGAAGAUCUCAACUUUCCUAUCCUACCGCCAUGAAUUUCAGGUACAAGGAUGAUGUCUUUCACCGCAUCUGGACAUCUUACGGGCUUGCAAACUCCACUUGGGUUAAUGCCAGUGCCACAUCAGAUAUGCAAGUACAUCAAACUGAUGAUCCCUAUAAGCCACCCGUUGAAAUUUUUAGAACUGCAGCCCAGCCACAAAAAGGGCUUCAUUCAUUGAGAUACAACAUUAGCUUUAUUUGCUCUCCAUCAUGUGAUUUCUAUGUCUACUUUCACUUUGCUGAAAUUGUGAAGAUUCCUCAAGAUCAACGAAGAGAAUUCACAAUUACUCUUAAUGGUCUCAACUAUGGACCCGUCAGCUUGGAAUACUUGAAGCCACAGACUAUACCUCUUAAAUCACCAGCUCCAGGAGAUAUCAACUUUACUAUAAAUCCAACAAGCAACUCUGACCUUCCACCCAUUCUCAGUGCCUUUGAGAUUCUCAGUGUACUUAAGCUUCCACUUUCUCCAACAGACCAAUCAGAUGUUGAUGCCAUCAUGGACAUCAUGCAAUUAUACAAUAUAAAUGGAGAUGAAUUGCAAGGAGACCCAUGUGUGCCAAGAGAACUUUCAUGGAAUGGUUUGAACUGUAGUUAUGACAGUAAUCCUCCAAGGAUAAUCUCUCUGGACCUUAGUUCCAGGAAAUUGACUGGGGAAAUAGCUCCGACACUCUCCGUCCUCAAGGCAAUUCAGUCAUUGGAUUUAUCAUACAAUAAGUUGACUGGAAGUCUGCCCAAUUUUUUAGUAGAACUGCAAAAUUUAACUCGGCUGGAUUUAUCGUACAAUGAUUUGACAGGACCGCUGCCAGAAUUUUUAGCACAACUGCCGAACUUAAAUACUUUAAAUUUAAUUGGGAACAAGCUCUCUGGAUCCAUUCCACAGUCCCUUAUAGAAAAGUCUAACAAUGGAAUGUUGCAGCUAAGCAUCGACAAAAACCCAAAUUUGUGCCCAUCGGGUUCGGGUUCCUGUGAGAAAAAGAAGCAUUUUCUUCUUCCAGUUGUUGCAUCAAUUAUAUCAACCUUGAUUCUUCUUCUACUGAUAGCUAUCUCUUGGGGAUACAGAAGAAAGAAAGGUAAUCUAAUUUUUCUAUAUUAUCAACUACAUAUCAUUUUCUUUAUUUCUGUACCUAUGGUACUUGCAGAAACACAAAAUUCAAAUACAUGGGCCUUUAGUUACUCAGAGAUUGUUAGCAUUACGGAGGACUUUAAAACCAUCAUUGGAGGAGGGGGCUUUGGAAAAGUUUUCUUUGGAACUCUAAAAGAUGGCACUCAAGUUGCAAUUAAGCUGUUAUCUCAAUCAUCAAGGCAAGGCUACAAAGAAUUUCAAGCAGAGGUGCAGCUUUUGAUGAUUGUUCAUCACAGGAACUUAGUUUCACUAAUUGGGUACUGUAGAGAUAGUCAUAACAUGGCAUUGGUGUAUGAGUUCAUGGUUAAUGGGAACUUGCGAGAGCAUUUAUCAGAGACAAGUGGAAGUAUUCUGACUUGGAAAGAGAGAAUUCAAAUUGCAGUAGAUGCAGCUUAUGGGCUGGAGUAUCUACAUAAUGGCUGCAAACCACCAAUUAUCCACAGGGAUCUGAAGGCUUCCAACAUCUUAUUGAAUGAAAAAUUGCAAGCAAAGAUCGCUGAUUUUGGAUUAUCUAGGGCUUUCACAAGCGAAAGUGGUACACAUGUAUCAACUUGUCCAGCUGGAACAUUCGGCUACGUGGAUCCUGAGGCUCAGGCAUCAGGAAACUUCAACAAAAAAAGUGAUGUUUAUAGCUUUGGGGUUAUACUACUUGAGCUAAUAACUGGUCAGCCUGCACUAAUAAGAAACACCGCUGGAAACUUCAUUUGCAUACAUCAGUGGAUUAGACCUAUAAUUGACACAGGUGAUAUUCGGACCAUAGUUGAUGCCAGACUGCAAGGACAAUUCAAUGUCAAUUCUGCUUGGGAAGUUAUGGAGAUUGCCUUUUCCUGUGUAUCAGAUGUUGCAAUACAGAGGCCAGACAUGAGUCAUGUACUGGCUGGAUUACAGGAAUGCUUGACGACAUUAAUGGCUGUUGAAGCAUCCCAAAAAUUGGAAGCUAUGACCACAAGAUCAAGCCAUUCACUUCGAAUGAGGCAUCUAGAUAUUGAUACUGAUAUGGCUCCUAGUGCAAGGUAAUUACUGAGCCAUGUAUCUCAUGUAAACUGGCUUGAAAUUUAUCUAUACCUUUCUCUUGUAGAAACUAUCCUGUAAUUUGUUUCUGAAGCUUUCUUGGAGAUGUAUAAUUAUAUGGUGACUUUGUUUUCCAAGUACUACUAA